AUGUGUUCCGAAGGAUAUAUCGAAUUGCAAAUCGAAAUAGGUUCAAUCCCAACAACAGCAAAAUUAUGGGUUUUAGAAAACUUAUGCACUGGAAUCAUAUUAGGGCUCGAUUGGUUGGCGGCUGGUCUUCACAAAGCUAGUAUCGACUUCGAUACAAAUUUACUCUCUAUAUCUUUUAAUGAAAAAAAAUCAUCCAUACCUCUUUUAGAAAUCAAUAUGAAUCAACAUCAUUUUAUUCGCAUAUGCGAUGCAUUUACAUUGAGUCCAAUGGAAGAAAAAAAUAUUGAAGUUAAAAUUUCUAAUCUACCUAAUUGUGACACAGCACAAUUUAUUCCAACAGCUCAUUUUUGUGUACUCAAAAAAAAUACUCCAAUUGGAACUAUUGAAAUUGAAUCACCUUAUUCAAAUUGUUUUUCUAUUUCACCAUUAACAUCCACAUCUUUAUUAUCACAACAAUCCACAGAUAAUGAUGAAGAUGUACCGAAGUCCAUUCAAGUGAAAAAUACGAUUGAUGAAAUGACAUAUCAUCUUAAUCAACAGCAAAAACAAUUAAUUACCACCUAUUCUUUACCAACAUAA